AUGAAGGAGUUCUCAGAUUUACUUGGUAUACCCGUCCCUGACCAGUUGCCCUUCACCGGUUUGGAGGAUACUCCAAAACCCGAGACUAUUGCUGAUGCGUUGCACCUGAAGAGAUCAGAAAUUACUUCUAAUUGGGAAACAAAAAAUGGGGUUGAAGGUUUCUUGGCCAAGUUUUUAUUUGGGAAGGCUCAAUUAUUCUUGAAAGCUAUGAGUUACCAUGCUUUUGAAGAUAUACUGGCCUUAUUAAUAUACAGUUUGGUGUUGUUUCCUAAUCCCGAUCAGUUCAUAGACGUGCACGUCAUUAAGAUAUUUCUGAAUCGCAAUUCGGUGCCUACUUUACUCGAAGAUAUUUUACACUCGCUCCACACCCGUACCAUGAAGAAGCGAGGAACCCUCAUGUGUUGUACGCCUCUACUAGCCAGGUGGUUUAUUUUGCACCUUCCUCGUUCAGUGUUAAGAAAUGAUCAAAAGAUGAAAUGGUCGCGAAGGAUUAUGUCACUUUCUCAUUCAGAUAUCUGUUGGCACGUCAUAUCUCAGGAGUACGUCACUAUUAUUGACCAUUGUGGGAAAUUCCCUAAUGUGCCAAUCCUUGGAAUUAGAGGGGGAAUCACCUACAAUCCUUCAUUAGCUCUACGUCAAUUUGGGUAUGCUUGCAGGGAUGGUCCUCAUAACAUGAUUAUUAAAGGGGUUGUCUUCAACUACGAGGAAGAUGUUCAAAACCAGCGUCAGGAGUUCAUACGCGCUUGGAACAAAGUAUACAAGGUUGAUAGCAAGAGUUGGGGUCAAAAGAAAUUCAUUCCUUUAGAGCCUUAUCUCAGAUGGGUGCGCACUCGUGCUCAACGUUUUGUUAUGCCAUAUCCCUAUGUCAGACCUGUGAUUGUGGAACUAGAGUACGAAGAAAAGGUCCCUCAGGUUGUUCUUCAUCUAGACAUGCCUACUGAUUUAGAAGAGCUACAAAGGUCAUGGGUUCAGUUGAAGGAAGAAAGAGAUACUUUUGAGGCCCAAUUCCGUGCUAAAGAGAAGCAAGUGUUAGAGCUCACAAAGCAACUUCAUGCAGAGCAAAGCGUCAACACUUUCCUUGGGGCAAAGAGAAAGCGUCUAUGGGAAACCUGA